AUGUGGGUUGAUGACAAUUUUCCCGUUCCCAAGGUUCAGUCCAUCGAACUUCCCCACAUCGGAGAUAUCCCCAUUGCAAAGGGCGAGUUUCACGACCUACCAGAGAAUGUUCAACGUUUUGUUGGCAAAUGGAUUGAAAUUUGCCAUCCACGAGGUCUCUUCAUCUGCGAUGGGGGUCGUGAAGAAGCCGACCUUAUUACGCAGAAGCUUUUAGAAAGGGGAACACUGUCCCGGCUCACGGCCUAUGAAAAUAACUUUAUCUGUCGCACUGAUCCCAGAGAUGUUGCUCGAGUCGAGUCCAAGACGUUCAUUUGUACCAAGGAAAAAUUUAGGACUGUCCCUCAUGUCCACGAGGGUGUCCAAGGGACUUUGGGAAGGUGGAUCUCACCAGAAGACAUGGAGACUCACAGCCAAGAACGAUUCCCCGGCUGCAUGGCCGGUCGAAUGAUGUAUGUUAUCCCGUACAGCAUGGGACCGAUCGGCUCUCCACUAGCAAAAUAUGGUGUCCAACUCACUGAUAGUAACUACGUCGUUCUGUGCAUGCGUAUUAUGACUCGCGUGUCCCCGGAAGUCUUCAAAAUCAUAAAAGAAAAGAAAGAAUUCGUACGAUGCGUCCACUCUGUUGGAUUACCGAGACCUCAUAAAGAAAAGGUUGUAAACCACUGGCCAUGCAAUCCCGAGAAGACGAUGAUUGCUCACAUACCCGACCGACGUCUCAUUCUCAGUUUUGGAAGUGGUUAUGGUGGAAAUUCUCUUCUUGGGAAAAAAUGUUUUGCUCUUCGCAUUGCUAGUUGUAUCGCCUAUGAUGAGGGAUGGAUGGCCGAGCACAUGCUGGUCAUGUCUAUCACCAAUCCUGCGAAGGAAGAAAAAUUCCUCUGUGCUGCCUUCCCUAGUGCUUGUGGGAAAACUAACAUGGCAAUGCUAAAACCGUCACUGCCUGGAUGGAAAAUUCAGGUUGUUGGUGAUGAUAUCGCAUGGAUGCGCUUUGAUGAAGAGGGUGUUCUUAGGGCCAUAAAUCCAGAGUACGGUUUCUUUGGCGUUGCUCCGGGCACUAAUAACAAAACCAAUCCAAACGCUAUGGCCUCCUGUAUGAAGAACUCUAUUUUCACAAACGUCGCCGAGACUGAUGACGGUCGUUUCUUCUGGGAGGGUCUCGAGGAGGAGUAUGGACCGAAUGUUAAGGUAACCACGUGGCUCGGUGAAAAGACAACAGUGGGUGCAACUACUCAGACAGCCAAAGCACAUCCCAAUUCGCGAUUCUGCUGUCCUGCUUCGCAGUGCCCGAUAAUUCAUCCGCUUUGGGAAGAUCCCAAGGGCGUGCCAGUUUCAGCCCUUAUGUUCGGAGGUCGCCGUCCCGUAGGUAUUCCUCUCGUUUACGAAGCCUACAGCUGGGCACACGGUGUCAUGAUUGGUGCCCAAGUAAAAUCAGAAGCCACUGCUGCGGCUGAAUUUAAGGGUCGCCAGGUUAUGCACGAUCCGAUGGCCAUGCGACCGUUCCUGGGUUACAAUUUUGGCAAAUACCUGGAACACUGGCUCUCGUUGGAGAAACCAGGACGCAAGAUGCCCAAAAUUUUCCACGUCAACUGGUUCCGUCUGGAUAAGUGCGGUCGGUUUGCCUGGCCCGGCUUCGGUGACAACGUCCGUGUUAUUGACUGGGCUCUCCGUCGUUGUGAUGGUGAAGACAUCGCUGUUAAAAGCCCUCUGGGUUAUUUGCCGGUCGAGGGCUCCCUCAACUUGUCCGGCCUCAAUGUCGAUUGGGAGGCAAUGUUUUCGCUGCCGAAGGAGUAUCUACUUGAAGACAUCGAAGAGACCCUACAUUUUCUAGAUGAUCAGGUUGGCAUCGAUCUUCCGGCAGUCAUUAAGAAGGAACUGGACGACCAGCUACACCGCAUUCAAAAAAUGUAG